GUCAAGAGAAGUAAGAAGAGCAGAACCAGGAGGCUAUCCUGCCAAAUAAGUGCUACUUUUUCUUUUUCAUUUCCAGCUGUGAGCUUUACUCAUUUGCAAUCACAGUGUACGAGAAGACCAGACGAAAAGAUAUUGGAACAGAAGAAAAGCUCGGGAUUUGGUUUUGGAAAGCCAAAGAGCUAGAGAUUACAGGGGAAGCAUGGACCAGCGUGUGAAUGUGUGUGUGUGGAAGAAAAUAUUGUAGAGGAGAAGAGAAACAGCAGGGCAGUAUGGGAGUGAGAGGAAGGGCCACCUUGGCUAUUAUCUUCAUCAUCAUCGUUCUUUUCUCUCUAUGGCUCCAUGAUGGUUUGGAUAAUUACUGGGCCUACUGCCGAAAGGAUUUCUUUAAGGAAGAUCAGUCUAUCAGUUUGUACAGGAGUAACACCUCAUCUGAAGACAUCAUGCCUCCACUGGAGGUGUGUCCAGGACAGAAAUUCCAAGCUGCUUAUUUGCUGAUGCAUCUGCAGGCUGCACGCUUCUCAACCAAUGAUAUUUUGCUAAAGCCAUACCUAGCCAGCUGGGAUGAGCUCAUCAAGUUCAUUGAUUCCAUGGGGCCGAUGGUGGGUAUUAUGUCCCAGGAAAUUGAGACAAAGACCUCCAUUAUUCGCAAGCUUGCCAAAAAAGAAGAGGAGGAAAGAAAUCAGGAAGUGCAAGACUCAGCCUCACAUGGUGCAUAUGUUUCAGUGCGCUCCAUGAUUGUAUUAGAGCUGGAGCGGGGUUUAGUGAACUUUGAUCAGUUCACGGAAUCUGGUUGCAGGACUCUACUACGCCUCCAUCGUGCUCUCCUCUGGUUGCAGCUCUUUCUACAAAGCCUGGCUGAAGAAAAGAGGGAAAUGAUGGCGCGCAGUCCAUCUGAGCUCUGUCGAAAGGCUUAUCAACUCACACUAGCUCAGCACCACUCAUGGUGGGUGAAGAAGGCAGCAGAACUGGCGUUUGGGGCCAUGCCUGACAGACAGUUCUUCUACAAAAUGUUGUGUGUGAAGACACAGGCAGAGGCAACAGUUUUGUUGAACAGGGUGGUCAAAUCCAUACAGAAAGUGUAUGACAGGACUCAAGUGGCAUUGGAGGAACAUGAUAUGCUAGCACUACCAUAA